AUGCCUGGUUUGGCCUUACUGGCCACGCUCGGAAAAUGUCUUUCCUUGCCUCCUCUUAUCCCUAGCAUUCCAGGGGUGACGGAAUCUCUAACUGAGGAUGCUCCUCCCCUACCCAUUUUGCAAGUGCUAACUCCUCUACUUGAGAGCCCACCCUUCACUCCAAGUAACACUAAGCCUAAGGAAAUUGGGUACUUCUGGACUGGUUCUGGAGAUAAGUUCCAUAAGGAUAUGUAUAUCCACUUUCUUGCGACAUACAGUAUAGACGAUGUGCAGGACACAUUUGGCUCUCUCCUUUGGGUCACGGACGUCCCUUCUAGUGGCAACGACCCGCAUCACCUUGGGCCCUCCCUCGAUGGCAAGACAUUAGUCGGUGGUGGGCUCCUCUCGUUGCUUAAAGCUCACGAUCCUCAUAAUCUCCAGGACAUGGCCUUUUACUUCGACACUACCAAUUCCUACCGGCUAGCGUUCAAGAAAAGCAAUCGGGCUAUUCUGCCGUCCAUUGCAGAUGAAAUCCGCACAAAGCCUGAUGGCAGAUUCUACAUUACCUACAUGGACUCUGCAGUAGGCACAUCCCCAGGACGUCUCGUUGGGACAGACGCAGACUUCAACAUCAUCCACGAAUGGCCUGAAGAUGUGGAAGGAACGCUUAACAUCCUCAGCAGCGAUUCGGAGAGGAAUUUUAUUCCCACUUCCGACUUUGUCGAGCAGAUUAGUAUCUUGAAACCGAGCACCGAAAUCCGGCGUGGGAAUACUCUUCGACUAUGGGAUUUGAAAUCCAAGAAGAUCCUCAACACUAUCGCCAUAUCUGAUGGCGGCGGCAUCCAUGAUGUAAAGUUCUUCCCUGGGAAUCCCCGAUGGUGCUGCCUUUACGACGACUACGCCAACGGCAAGCCCGGCAGAGCCGAGCUGCUCUACGAACUCGGGCCUAAAGCACGGGAUACGACUGCAACCUACACGGACAUAACCCAAGAUGGGCGCUUCAUCUACCUCGCCCUAACAACAGCAAACCAUAUCGCCGCCCUAGACAUCAGCGACCUAAACAACGUCAAGCGUCUAGACGACCCGGAUGAGGGCCACACUACUGUCGGUCCGCACUAUGUCAAGGUGACGCCGGACCAGAAAUAUCUCCUUGUCACGGACCAUUUCGUGCAGGCAGGUGAGAUAGGGUUGAUCAAUACAACAGCUGAUUUUAAGGCGCUAUAUUUCGACUUGAAUGAAGAUAGGAACUUGAGCUUCAAUCGGUCGACUGAUCUUAGAAAGGAAUUUCCUGAGAGGGGUGGGGCGAAGCCGCAUUCGAGCAAUGUGUUUGACUUGAUGGAUACGGGAAAAUCCAGUGGACUCGGGAUUGUUUGGACUUACGGACUGAAGAUGUGUUGUCAUGAGACUUCCCAGCAAUCAAGAAGGGAGGUGUUAAUGUAG